AUGUACGGUAUUAAUUCUGGUUCGCCGCUCUCCUCUCCUAAUCAAUUGGGUAUAGGGAGCGUUCUCGAUACACCAGUGCCGUGUAAGAUUUGGGAUUGCCCCCUGGAAUUGGCCAAAGCCAAAGCCAUUAAGCCAAAGCACAUGGCUCGCUGGGCUCAGCUGCUGAUUACGCUCGAAGGUUCUGAUGGACUAAUGGUGCCUUUAUUCACUUUAGACACGGGAGACUUGAUUCUAAAGCGCGUAACCAAGUCGCAAACGUUGGCUGGAGCCAUGAAACCCUCAGAAGUGGCAUGGCGUGGCGUAGCAUGGCUGCCUUUCAUAACUCGGAAUUGCUUCAGCUCCUCUCCUAUAAGAAACACGACUAGAGCCGUCCACAAACCCAAACUCAUCCCCUCAUCACACCGUGAAUACUCUUCGAAACCUACAAACGACCUAACAGCCUUCCAAAUCACCGCCUAUAACAUGUGA